AUGCUCCGGCACAGCGCCUGCGUGAGCUGUCGUUCUCGGAAGGUCAAAUGCGACAGGCUUCUCCCUACGUGUUCCACCUGCUGCAGACUGAAUCGUGAGUGCGUCGCCCCCGCCCGCUCUCCCGAGAUCACCUGGUUGCAUGCGGAUACCGUCGGGGAGGGCGCCCCGGAUGAGCAUCACCAGUACGAGCAUCAACAGCGACAGCAUGGCGCCAAGAGCCUGCCACUGCUUUCAGAGGGCGAGCGAGCUCGACACGUAGCCACCAUCUUGUCUGCAAUCCAGGACGUCUCUGUCGAAACAUUGCUCACGGAUCUUGAUAUCCGAACUCGGGACUUUGAAGUUGGCGAUACCGCUACCCUUGGCCCCUUCAGCGUCUUUCAACUUCCCGGUGCAACCGAGAUUGCCGAACAGGACAUUGAGGCCAUUGAAAUCCAGUAUCAGGAUAGCCCUUCGACAAGUCUCAUCCUCGACGCUUUCCCUAUGAACAAUACCCUAGACAAUGAAAACAGGGUGUCUAUUCUCGACGAAUCGCCAUUGCACCUCUCCCUUCCCGACCAACAGCUCCUCAACCCCAGCCUAGACGCCGCUGACGAUGACGAUCUCUGCACACACCUCUUGGAUGAUAGAUCCGUCUUUGAAGAUCUUAUUCUUCCUUCUGAUGGCUUUUCCUUCAUUAUCCCCCCUGGAAUGCCAAUAUCCUACUCAUUCAACGUAAAUGACCUCGAUUUUCCCACCAUUCGGCUCCUCCUUGAUCGCUAUCAACACGGACUCGUCCCCUGCUUCUCUCCUGCGCGGAUUCAUUCCAAGUCUCCGUGGGAAACUCUACAUAUACCCAAAGUCUAUGAGACUCUUGGGGAGUUCAUGGUCACAGGUGACGCCGGCAACUCAAAAGUGUCACUCUUCUUCGCCGUCCUCGGCGCCAGUGCAUUUCAUCUCGACAUUCUCAGCCCCUCAUCAAACGACGGCUCUGUUCCAUGGAAAAUCAUCGGUGACAGAUACCGCAUCCAAGCGAAGUCGAGACUCAAGACUUGUCUACAAAGCCUUUCUUCGGGUCGAAAACAAGAAGACUACGAUGAUGUGCUCAUGGCUUUGUUAAGCAUGGUGACUCUUUGCGUCGUCAGUGGGGAUAUGGAAGAGACAUAUGCGUAUCUACGCGAUAUUGAGCACCUGAUUGCUCUCUACGGUGUCAACGAAAUACGCAAAUCACCUGGUGUCCGAAUGCUGCACAGCACCUUCCUAUACCUACGCACGUUGCAGGCCAGCGUUGGGAUUUUUGGGACUCAAUCCCAAGCAUCAGUUAAUGGACAUUUGAAAGUCCUCGAAGAGGUCGAAAAUGUCUUUGUGCUCUCGGAUCAGAAUGCAAACCUCUGGUCAAGCCUUCUUCCGGCGGAUGGAAAUUUCGACGUCUCCACGAUGCUUACCGCGACCACAUCACCACCAUGUCACAUUUGUGGGAGAAAUAAGUCCAUCUUCGAGCGAAUAUACUCGCUGCCCGAGCCUUUGUUUCAAUUAAUAUCGCGUGUCACGACACUUGCGCAGAGAAUGGAAAUUCUCAGACGAAGUCAGUGGGGAUCAACAGAUCCGGAUCAUGACUUGCUUUCUGCCGAUGCCAGCCAGUUGGAAACGGAUAUUUGCGACUGGAGGAACGACAUCGCCAAUCCGGAUCAAGAGAGCGUUCUCACACUCUGCUCUCUCUGCAUAGCGGAAGAAGAGUCAGAUCCAACGCAAGAAAAGACCGAUGGCCGAUCACGCGUGUCAUUAUUGUACCAUUUCAGAGAAGCGAUGCAUGCAGCUCUGCUUAUUUAUUUCUACCGCUGCGUCAGAAAUGUCGACACACACAUCCUACAACAAUUCGUCGACAAGACGUUCGACCAUCUAACACGGUAUGGCGAAUACAAGCGGAAAUCCAACGAUCCUUCUUCGAAUCUUUGCUGGCCCGGAUUCAUCGCAGGCUGCGAGGCAUCAAACCGCGAUACCCGGGACAAAAUCUCGGCUUGGUUCAGCUCAGAGACCGCUUUGACAGGAAUUCGGAUGUUUGAAGUCGCAGGCCAGGCGGUCAAGCAGGUUUGGGAGGCUCGAGAUUUAGCAAGGAAUCGGAAUCUUCCCUAG